UCGGCUCGUGGCCUCGCCAGUUUGAAAGGAAAUUUAAUACUGCCCACGGCUCGUGGCCUCGCAAUUUCCGAAGGAGAAAAGAAAAGAAAAAAAAAAAACACUUGUGACCAAAUUCCUGAAUCGUGGAAGAAAUUUAAAAGGUUUCGUAACCUAUCAAUUCAUCGUUAUUUAAAUUCGUGGGGGCGCAACCGAGAUCUUCCCCUCUCCUCGGCACUCUCCAUCGCGCCCUUCCAUUUUUUUUUCCCAGAGGAGGUUCUCGCCCCAAAUCCCCCUUCCUCCUCUUGGGAAAAAAACCUCUCUGUCUCUCUUUCUCUGACCAUGGCUUCCGAAAGCUUCACCGACAAGAACGCUGUUUUCAAAAAGCUCAAAUCUAAGUCGGAGAACAAGAUGUGCUUUGAUUGUAACGCCAAGAACCCGUCGUGGGCGUCGGUGACGUACGGGAUCUUCCUUUGCAUUGACUGUUCGGCCGUCCACCGUAGCCUUGGUGUGCACAUUAGUUUCGUGAGGUCUACAAAUUUAGACUCAUGGACUCCGGAGCAGCUGAAGAUGAUGGCUUUUGGGGGUAACAACCGUGCACAGGUUUUCUUUAAGCAGCAUGGAUGGACGGAUGGUGGCAAAAUUGAGGCAAAAUAUACAUCAAGAGCUGCUGAGUUGUACAGGCAGUUACUUUCCAAGGAGGUUGCUAAAAGCAUUGCAGAAGAUAGCGGCUUGCCUUCUUCCCCGGUUGCAGCAUCCCAGUCACCAGAUGCAGCUAAUGGUCUUCCCGAACUUAGUCUUGUGGAUGCAUCAAAGGAAAAUUUAAAUGAGAAGCAUGAGCCUGAGAUCACUCGGUCGCCUAAGGCUCCUACUCAUUCUACAGUUAUAAGCGCUGUUAAAAAGCCCAUUGGUGCAAAGAAGAUAGGAAGCAAGACUGGGGGGCUUGGCGUGCGAAGACUGACAACAAAGCCAAAUGACAGUCUUUAUGACCAGAAGCCCGAAGAACUGGCACCUGCUGUAACAUCCUUGGCUAAUUCCAACGCGACGCAUGGCCCAUCUUUUCCUUCUCGAUUUGAGUAUGUGGAAACCAUACCAUCUGCUGAGACCAGUUUGGGAGGUGCUCAAGUGAUCGGUCAUGUUGCACCACCAAAAUCUUCAAACUUCUUUGCAGAAUUUGGAAUGGAUACUGGAUUUCAGAAAAAGUCAAGCUCCAAUUCAUCAAAAGUACAGAUCCAGGAAAGUAAUGAAGCAAGGCAGAAAUUCUCAAAUGCAAAGUCAAUUUCAUCAGCCCAAUUCUUCGGUGAUCAGAACAAGGAUGCUGAUAAGGAGGUUCACAUGUCACUGCAAAAGUUCUCAGGGUCAACUUCCAUUUCUAGUGCUGAUCUUUUUGGUCACCAAGCGGAUGAUUCUCAACUUGACCUCACUGCAGCAGACCUUAUCAACCGAAUCUCCUUUCAGGCUUCACAGGAUAUAUCCUCCCUCAAGACUAUAGCUGGGGAGACUGGUAAAAGGUUGACAUCUAUAGCUUCCACUCUUAUCAACGAUCUUCAGGAUAGAAUCCUUUAAGUGUGGUUCAUGAGGUCAAGUUCAUAUACAUGUUUAAGGAACAGUUAUUCCAAUAGUGGAUCAAUCUCAACAUCGGGGGAGGUUGCUAGCCUAUUGUCAUAAAUUUAUCUCAUAAUUUUUUCACAGAGAGACAUUGUCCAUCUUUCCUAAUGCUUUGCAUGACCUACUUUUGUAAUGGUGGAAACAUUUGGUGCUGUAGAACAUAUAGGAGAUGUGUAUUUGGACAGCAUAUUUGUUAAAGCUCUAAAAAAGUUUGGGGUUUGUAUUUCUGAACUUGGCAAAUUACUUUUCAGCAUCCAUGCCUGAAAGGUUGCAGAUGUUUUUUCAGUUA